AUGAAUCGACCAGAGGCGCCGUGCUGUGGUCCUGUUGUUUAUAGAUUAAUCUCGCCGUCGAAGUGCCCCGAGCUGGAGGCCACGAGUCACGGAGGGAAACAGGCCGGCUCUCAAGUUGUGCGUCACCCCGGCGAGGGCGCCUGCAACUAUGCACUGACUGGCUGUGCAGGAGCCUCCUCGCCGCUGACACUCGCCACCCUGCCUGCUGUUGCAGCCGCAGCCGCAGUCCAGCCAGCAGCAGCUCCCGCGGCCGAUGCGCCUGCCAUGAGCCGGGAGGAGGGCGGGGUGCGCGCGCACCGCUCGCGGCUGCUGGCGCUGUCGGAGCUGCCGCCGGCGCCCUCGGCGUCGCCGUCGCUGCCCCCGUCGGCGUCGGCGCCCGGACCGACGCCGGUGCCCGCGCCGCGCGCCGCCUCUGCCGGCAAGUCGGGCCGCCGGGCCGCCACGGCGCCGCGCCCGCUGGUGCGCGACGACCCCAGUUUCACGCCCAACAUCGAGCACCUCGUGUUCCCCGACCGCCGCAACAGCAAUCCCAGCGUCCAGCACAAGGUGAGCUACCGCCCGCCCCCAAUGGGCUACACUCAAGGCCACACGCUGCCGGGUACUGGCAGCGGCAGCCGCGGCAAGGCGGGCAGCAGCAGCAAGGCUUGCCGGUCGCGGCUGGCCGAGGUGUUCGCGCUCAGCCGGCAUGCGCACUCCUGCAGCGCCGCCAACCCGCCCGACAAGGCAAAGCCCGCCAAGGCCUCCAGCUCCAAGAAGGGCUCCGCCGCCUCCAACAUUGUUAUUGUUAUUAGUCCUACAAUGAUCGGAUGUCCAUAG